AUGGGCUGCGAUGAUAUCUACUCGAUCAACUCGACAACGUACAGGUUUUGCAACAGCAGCUAUUCCCAGCAAUGGUUUGUGGUGAAGUACUACCAAGGCAGGGAGUCGGGGGCCGCCGUCUUCCUCGCGGUCCUCACGGCGGCCGUCAUGUUCGUGCUCGGCAUCAUCCUCGUCGGCCUCAGCCUCCUGGGCCGCCUCUCCGGCCGCGCCGCCCUCAACCCCACCGUCCGCGUCUUCCUCUAUGCGUCCUUCUCCCUCUUCCUCCCCCUCAUGUCCUACAUGUUCUCCCAGGCCAAGGAAGAGGCCGCCAAGCAGAAGGCGGUGCAAAAGCUGGACAGCCUAAGUGCCGGAGAUCUGCCGUUCCGUGCCCAGGUCAUCCUUGUCUGGAUGCUCAGCGUGGAGCUCCUGCGCAAGAAGCUGGAUGCCAUCCUCACUGCCAUGAGCUCGUCCCCGCUGCGCACAGUCCACCACCAGCAGACGCUCUGGGAUGCCAUCGACCAGAUCGUCCGCAUCGCGUGGAUCGGCUAUCUCAUCUACUCGUAUGUGCACGGCAUCCUGGAGCCGGGGUUCAUCAUCCUCUGGGUGCUCACCCUCAUCAAGGCGGCCCAGAGGGUCGCCGCCGUGGAGCUUGCCAAGCGUUCUUUUGCCGUUGGCAAGAACGCACACCUUGUCGUGGGUUACGUCGCUCAGAUGACGGAGGAAGAGGGGAUCCGAAGCGAGCAGCAGACCGGCACAAUGCUUCUGAGGAAGUGCUGGUACCCAGUCAUGGGGGAGGAGAGGCUCAAGAGGCAAGCAGGUCCCGAAGGAUACCGAGUGAAGCUACAAGAGUUGGACGACAAGAAAGACCUCGUCACCGUCGGUGACAUUUGGGAGCUGGCGGAAGGCGGUGAUGGCAAGCCGGCCGACCGCCUGCUAACCGACCACCCGACACUGAUGGAUCUCUGCCUCGCCUUCGCGCUCUUUAAGCUGCUGCGCGCAAGGUUCCAGAAGUUUCAAGUGGAAGAGGAAGUGGCGGUGAAGAACCGCGACCUCAUCUUCCGUGGCCUCAGCAACAACGAUGAUGCUGGUGGCCAAGGAGUUGAUGAUAGCACCAAUGGCGAUGAUAGAGAUGGCGACGACAGCAGCAGCAAGCAGCUUGCGGAGAGGGCCUUCCACGUGAUUGAGCUGGAGCUCAAUUUCGUCAUGGAUUACUACCACUCAGUGGUCCCCGUGGUGCUUUGCAGCCCAUGGUUCCUUGUUGGCAACUACUUCUUCGUGUUCCUCAUCGUGGUGAACCAGGCCGUCAUUGCCCUCGUCAUCACCGGCAACGGCGCCCUUCUACCCGUCAUCGGCUGCCUCGCCCGAGACGUCGCCACGCUAUCUCGCCGGGCGAUCGUCCUCUUCAAGUGCCUCGGCCACAAGGUGCUCCAGACCACCAUCGACUUGUUCUCGUCCUUCAACAUCCUGGUGAGCCUCCUGCUCUUCCUCACCUUCCUUGUCAUGGAGGCGUGGGAGUUCGUGGUGUACGUGCUCUCCGACUGGCUCCUGGUGUCCCUGCUGUGCGAAUACGCACGUAGGCCCAGGUGGCAGUCCUCACGGUGGGUGCAGAGAGCCUUCUGCGCGUUGCUGUGGGUGAAACGAGCCGGCCGGCCGCACAAGGGCAUGCGGUUCAACCAGGCGUGCAUCCUCGACCUCCGCCAGCACACGCCGUGGGUGAUCGCCUCCAAGCUGCUGCAGCACCGGUUCCUCGGGAUGCCGUCGGUGCCCGUGCCGAAGGAGGUGAAGCACGCGGUGUUCGCCUCCCUAAGGGCAAAGGGCGGCGGUGGCGAGCCCCUCAGCAAUGGGGUGGCCGUGCUGCACCGCCGUGGCUACCAGCAGCUCCUGUGGGCUUGCGACAGCAGGAGUGUCACCGAGGUCAUCCUCGUCUGGCACAUCGCCACCUGCCUCUUCGAGAUGAAGAACUCAGCUCAGGCGGCGGCUGGGGCAGGGAGGAGCACGGAGGAGACGGUUGCCGCGACACUGUCCAAAUACUGCGCCUACCUGGUGGCCUGUGCGCCGGAGCUCCUCCCGGAGGACCUGGAGGGGUCGAAGCACGUCUACAAGGCCCCGCGACCUCCAUGGCGCCCUACGCAGGAAGGGGUGCAGGAGCGCAUCGGGGGGGCAGGCUGGAGCGGGUGA